AAAGGUGACGGCAACUGGAGGGAGGAAAGCUUGUAGGGGGGAUAAGAUCGUGAUGGCAAUACAAUACAUUAUCUUCCCAAAUUUUGUGCAUACUGACAAAUGACAAUACAGUAUGGCAAGGUGGUUAUUAUUGAAUGCCCCCCUUUCUUGAAAAGUUGCACUCUCAGUAGCACAGUGCCUGAAUCUGAUCUCUAUCUGAAACUUGUUGAACUCAGCAGUUCAGCUGGAAAAAGAAAGAAAGAGAUAAAGGGGCCAUAAUAAAGUGAUAGAAAGGUUAGAGGAGAAGGGUCUGAGCAGCAUUGUUGUCUGUAUAUCAGAUGGAGCAGGAAGAAAAGCAGGAGUCCACUUCACCCCUGCCUGUUAUCCCAAGAUUAGAUCGCAUUGAUCGCCUGCUGCAGUUUCUGGAAGAGAAGCAUUGCUCGGCGAGAAAGCAAAAUUCCUCCAGUUCUGCCAUCCGACAAAGCUUGCCAGAAGAUCAGGAGCUCAAGACUCUGUCCUCUGCGCUUGAGGAAGUUCAUCACAAAGGCACACUUAUGGAGCGAGUGGCAAUGCUUGAGAAUCGAGUUUUACAGUUGACCCUGGAGAUGGAUGAAGGAAACACAUCAGGGUCGAGCUCUUCCACCAUUCCAGAUCCUGUAAAAACUGAUAAGCCUUCGGGUUUACACACCAUCACCAGACAGGAGGAAGGCUCCGCAGAAGCAUGUGUGACGAAGCCACAGGCUUCCCAUAAAAGAAGAAGACAGAAAACAAUAGGCCCCAUAACGCGCCACAGAAAAUGGGUGGCCUGGUUUCAGAUGGGAUGCUAAUACCAUACACCCACCACAUCCUCUGCAUUCCAAAAUGUAAACCCUUACUAGUUUCAUACAUUCUGAAUCCAAUGUGCCGAUUUCCCUUCUUAUCCGCUGGGUUUUCUUUAAUGUCCAAAACGGUUAGAAGAUGACCUUUCCAAGCGUGAAACACGCCCUCCUGCUACACUUUUUAGGCAUUCAUGGGCUGUUUCACGAGGGAUGACCACAAGAGAUUAGCUUACAAGAAACGAAAGCCAUGAAGUGUCUUAUACAGAAUAGUGAUUAAAACUCCACUCCACUCCACAUCAGCCGUCCUUUAAGACUUGUUCCAGGUGGUCACGGAAGCUGAUAUUUUCUAAGGGAGAUCGCAUUAUUGUAUGCAGUGUAAUGGAAAUGUUGACAUGCUCAUGACUCAUGAGUAGGCGUUGGGUCGCAAAUUCUAAGAUGUGAUUGAUAGAUACAUUGAUUUAUCGAUGGGGUGCAUUGAUGCCGUGCAUGCACUGCGUGGAUCUGGGGCCAAUUGACCUCAAUUCUGGACCACUGGGCACUGGCUCACAUGGAACUUGUCCUGAAUUUUGUUCAAGAGAAAGCUCAUCUGUAAAGGUAUCUUUACAAAAGUCUCCAAAACCCUGUUCUGUAUUAAAAAAUCCUAGUUAUCUUGGGAUAACAAUUAACGUGGGUUUCCUACCUGUAUGUAAUGACUGGUUUAUGAAGUGGGGCCGUUUGGGUUAAGCUUCAACCAGCCCAAACACCCAGUUCUCAAUCUAACAGUAUUAGACUAGAGACUUCCUAAUAGAUGCCCAACACAGAUCUUGUGACCAAA